AUGCGCUUGCAAUCGGCUCGCACAGUACGUGAAUAUGAACGGAACAUCGAACCUUUGAAGGAGAUGUUUCCGGUUGGAAUACCGUCAGGUAGUGGUGGAAACCCCACGGAGGAAUUUGUGUGGACGUACCUGCAGGAGAUUCACCCGACUAGCUGGACAGUCUUGGGCAACAGUGAUUUGAGCGAUAAUGAAACUGCGUGGCUCAAGGAGAAUUGGAAAGAUACGUCUUCUUAUGGAUUCGGCCUUCCUCUUUUUGGUGUGCGUUCAACCAGCGGAGUAGAAGAGACUGCACAAAGUUGGGUUGCUGAGCAAUUUGACAUCACACCACAUGCUCAGAAGCUAUUUGACGCCGAACAGAAGCAUGUUGCGAAGCUUACAGUGUUGCCGUCUCAAAUCGGCUGCUUUUAUGUAUUCCAACCAUUUGACCGCAGCGAUGUUGCUUCGGCGACGAAAAUGUUUGAAACGAACAUGAUUUCGGGGAAGUGUCGGCCGUGCCGCGUUUCGGAACAAUUAAAAAUUCCGUGUCGCCAUAUCCAGGCUGUUCUCUUUGACUUGAAGAGACGCAAUCCUGGCAAGAUUCCUGUGCUACGGGGCGAAGAGGCCAAGCUGCCGUCCACGAAGCAGCAAUGCACAGACGCGAUAGUUGAAGAAGGGUACGAUGAACACGAUGCUACUCCUACCAUUUACAAGUUUUUCGCAUCCAACAUCACGUCUGCGAGCACACCAGACAGAGGUGCAUACUACUGCACGAAGUGCAACAAGCCUGGGCACAACGCAAGAACAUGCAGAUUUACAAGCCAGGAAGUCGAAGAAGCAGGAGUAUUGACUGUCCCUGGUGUGUACGUGCUUGGGGAGUCACCGCUGAAAGUUUGCGGAUUGUCGCCAACGGUGUUGAGCACGAUGGAUAGCGAGUUCUUGUGA